GCUUUCUGUUUGAAAGUUGCUCGAGUGCGCGGCCUCAGGUCUAACGAGGCUGCGACGUACGUGAGGCGCUUUAGCACGGUAUCGUGCACGGCUUUCUGUUUGAAAGUUGCUCGAGUGCGCGGCCUCACGUCUAACGAGGCUGCGACGUACGUGAGGCGCCUUAGCACGGUAUCGUGCACGGCUUUCUGUUUGAAAGCUGCACGAGUGCGCGGCCUCAGGUCUAACGAGGCUGCGACGUACGUGAGGCGCCUUAGCACGGUAUCGUGCACGGCUUUCUUUUUGAAAGUUGCUCGAGUGCGCGGCCUCAGGUCUAACGAGGCUGCGACGUGCGUGAGGCGCUUUAGCACGGUAUCGUGCACGGCUUUCUGUUUGAAAGUUGCUCGAGUGCGCGGCCUCAGGUCUAACGAGGCUGCGACGUACGUGAGGCGCCUUAGCACGGUAUCGUGCACGGCUUUCUGUUUGAAAGUUGCUCGAGUGCGCGGCCUCAGGUCUAACGAGGCUGCGACGUACGUGAGGCGCCUUAGCACGGUAUCGUGCACGGCUUUCUGUUUGAAAGUUGCUCGAGUGCGCGGCCUCAGGUCUAACGAGGCUGCGACGUACGUGAGGCGCCUUAGCACGGUAUCGUGCACGGCUUUCUGUUUGAAAGUUGCUCGAGUGCGCGGCCUCAGGUCUAACGAGGCUGCGACGUACGUGAGGCGCCUUAGCACGGUAUCGUGCACGGCUUUCUGUUUGAAAGUUGCUCGAGUGCGCGGCCUCAGGUCUAACGAGGCUGCGACGUGCGUGAGGCGCUUUAGCACGGUAUCGUGCACGGCUUUCUGUUUGAAAGUUGCUCGAGUGCGCGGCCUCAGGUCUAACGAGGCUGCGACGUGCGUGAGGCGCUUUAGCACGGUAUCGUGCACGGGUCUCCACUUCCGCAUUGUGGAUUCUGUUUGA